AUGAUUCAAUACACCGGAUAAUCACAUAAGAUACACAUCGUAAUCUUAUCUAUCAUAUAUAAGAUUACUCAUUCAUCGUUUCAAUCAUAGUUUUACGGCAGACUUAAAAUGAAUGUCGAAUAUUAAAUUCUUAAUUAAAUAUGAGAAAUCAACAAGACAUAGGUGAUAUAUUACCAUUACGUAGACGGUUUGAAAGUAAUAUUAGUGUUGAUAGAUUUUCCGAAAAAAGUCUUCACGGGCUUUAUUUUGAUAAUCGAUCAUGUAGAAGUAUAUGUAAUGAUUGUAUGGCUAGAGUACCAUAUGCAACUCUUAUUGCAACAAUAAUGUGUUGUUUAGGAGUAGGUAUAUUUUGUGGCACAAUGUAUAGAGGUGUGACAUUAGGUUCUUUAAUGAUGGAUCAGGUAUUUCAUUUACGACUUGGAUGGUUAGAAGCUAUUCAAUUGAUUUUUGCAACAAUUGGUGCUAGUAUGGCAGCUUUAGGCUUUAUGAUAUUAUGCGUUGGUUGUCUUGCAACUGGAGCUACAAGACAUAAAGUAUAUAGAGCUUGGAGAUCUAGAGUUGGUGGACGUAUUUCUUGUGCUGUUUUCAUGACAAUUACUUAUAUAUUACAACUAGGUUGGCUUUUAAUAUUUGCAUUCUUAGUUAUAAUUGCUUGGAUUUUCACUAUAUUCUGGGGUUUAUGCACCAAUCCUCGUGUCCAAUCACUUGAUCAAUGUAUUGAUUUUACUCAAUUUAGUUUUAUAUUCCCAAGUAAUACAAGAAUAGAGGAUAUGAAAGUAUGUGGACCACAAGAAGUGAAACUAUUUUGUAAAGAUUUUGUUGAAAAAGCAGUGGUUAUGUUUGUUUUGGCAACAAUAGCUGCUAUGUUGGUUGUAUUAAGUCUCAUACAUUAUUUGAUGUGUUUAUCUGCUAAUUAUGCACAUAUUAGAGAUCAUGAAAAGUUUCAAGAAUUACAAGAACUUCAGUACCUGCAAGAUCCAGGGGAUCCAGACUCUCCUCAACCUGGUAUGGGAACUUUGAGUUCGCAUCGUGCUAAGGAUAGAUUUUAGGAUACGGCCCGCGAGAUCUUCGCGAUGAAUCCUUUAUAAAACAUUGAAAAUAUCUAUAAAAAUUGACUAUUUAAUCUUAUUCUUCUCUACGUACCUAUACUCAGUAUUCUACUAAUUAAUUAAUAUGAUAGUAGUUUACUGAUCGAGGAUCUUGCGGGAACACUUUAUGCCGUCCAUUUUCUGCGACUGUCUUUAGCAUUUAUUUUUUUUAAAGUUAUGAAUUUAUUAAAUGACUAAAACAAAAUAUUUCAUCUUUUGUAACAUUAAUUCUUUUGAUUAUUUGUUGAACUUCUAGCAUUAGCGUAUAAUUAUAUAAAAACUAUAUAAAAACAUUUCAUUCCUCA